CUCAACCUCCCAGUUGUUACUCACAGAAAUGAAUUUCACCCUCACCCCAGAAUCAAGAAGAUUUGACAGACUCUUUCUCUCUGAACAUGACUCUUCUACAGCUGUCUUUUCUCUUGCUUUUUUACCAUAUAUAUAGAGUGAAUGGAAAUGCGAAACUGGUACAGAUCAUGGCAGUGGUGAAAUCUGAGUCCAAGACAGUUUCUAUAAACUGUAAUUUCCCUUCAGACUGCAUUAGUUACAUUCACUGGUAUCAGAAAAAAGAGGGAGAAACAUUAAAGAGAAUUGUAUAUGCAUCAAUCAGUGAUGGAGCUGCUUACAAUGAUGCUAAUGCUGAUUCAUUUAAAAUUGAUAAGAAAGGCUCAAAUAUGGCUUUGAAAAUAUACGAUGCAAAGAAAGAGCAUUCUGCAAUAUAUUAUUGCGCUUGUUGGAUCUCAGGCGGAGUGGGCAACUACUAUAUCAAACGUUUUGGAUCUGGAACAAGGCUGAUUGUUACCGGCAAAGGUCUCGUGGAGCCACGUCUAACGGCAUAUUCACGAUCAGAAAAACAUCGGGAAAAAAGUAUUAUGUUAUGUCAAGCCAGCGAUAUGUUUCCUGACCUUGUCAAAUUCUCAUGGAAAUCGAAGAGCUCGACAGGAGAUUGGACCAAAACGACAAGUGGAGAUGUUGUGGAACAGAGGGAUGAAAAGGAGAACAACAUUUUCGUGACAAGUAUGUUGAUUGUAGAUAAAGACACGGCCAAAAACAACAACUACCAAUGCACUGUUGAACAUGAGGGAGGCAAAACCAAAACAGCUGAAGUAAAAUCAGAUAAAGUCGAAAAAUCAGAGAAAAGACCUAAGGAUGACAGUCCGAAUCCAACAUGUCCACCCAGCGAGAACACAAAACAGAAUUUAGAAAGCGUGGAUCAAAAACCCAGUUUCUAUCUGUUUGUCUAUGCAUAUGGUAUAAUGCUCAUGAAGAACGGAGUAUACUUAGUUACUGUCUGUAUAUUUCUACUCAAGAGAAAGGCUGGAAAGAAAGAUGAGAGCUCCCAGGAGCCAAGUAAAUGAAAAAAAACAUCACGCAAAAACAAUUACUGGUAUUUUUUAAUUCCAUGAUAAUGUGCAUAUUAUUAUUUUCUACACAUUUUGUCAUCUUACUUUAAUUAUUUUUUUCUUUCAUGGUGUUGCUCAUAUUUGUUAAUGCAGUACUCUGUCACAUUUGAUUGAUUGCUUGGAUUAUUCAACAUUAUUUUUUCCAACAGCUUUUGAAAAAAGUAAUUUUAAAUAGCACUCUUUAAAAUAGGCAAUUAAAUAUUGUGAUUUUAAGAACUGA